AUGUACGAAACAAAGAUCAUAAAUGCGGAAAAGGCCGUAGAGGCCAAAGAUGAAGCGAACUGGAAAGCCGGCCAUAGGGCGUGGCUGAUCGUCUUGACGUUAGGAUUUGUCAGCCUGAUUGUGGCACUUGAUGCAACCAUUCUAGUCACGGCUCUUCCAACAAUAUCGGCGAACCUGAACGGAAGCGGAAGCGCAUCGUUCUGGGUCGGGACGUCAUAUCUCCUUGCGAGCAGCGUCCUGAUGCCAUUCAUGGGAUCGUUAUCGGAUAUACUGGGACGACGAGAAAUUUUAUCCGCCGCGCUUUUCUUCUUUACCGUUGGCAGUAUUGUAGCAGGAGUAUCCCAGAGUAUGGACAUCCUGCUACUCGGUCGUGUCCUGCAGGGUAUAGGUGGCGCCGGGAUAUUGCCCAUGACUCAAAUUGUCCUUUGUGACAUUGUCCCUCUUCGAUUCCGUCCUAAAUACGCAUCAGUCUCACAGAUUGCAUGGGCUAUAGGGUCAAUAACCGGUCCGAUGAUCGGUGGUCUUCUGGUGCAGCACGUAACCUGGAGAUGGAUUUUCUACUUGAACCUUCCAUUUUGCGGAGUGGGCAUUGUUUUGGUUCCCUUUGUUAUUCGUUUGAAAACACAAAAGUCAUCGAUAACAGCAAAACUAGGACGCAUUGACUGGCUUGGUGGAUUAUUGUUUAUUGGCAGUAUGACAGCAUUCUUGAUGGCUGUUACCUGGGGUGGUGUGAACCACACAUGGGAUAGUGCAGCGACGCUGGUUCCCCUGCUCGUUGGAAUCGCGGGGACGGUCUUGUCCAUUAUCUGGGAAAAAUGGGGUACUCGUGAACCCUUCAUUAGAUUGGCCAUCUUCUCUAAUAGAUCUGCACUUGCUGGCUACUACUGUGCAAUGACACAGGGGCUCGUGCUUUUCAUCCAAGUUUACUAUCUCGCGUUAUUUUUCUCGUCGGUCAAGGCCCUUUCACCAGUUCAUACGGGCGUUGUUAUGAUCGCCAUGUCCAGCGUCCUCGUUCCCACGGGGGUCGUUGUAUCGUUGUUCAUCACCCGUACAGGCCGCAUUCGAUGGGCUCUAUGGUCUGGUUGGGCAUUUGAAAUCUUCGCAUCGGGUCUAUUAAUUCUCAUGGAUCGUUCAAUUGCUACAUGGCGCUGGGUUCUCAUCCUGAUGACAGUUGGUCUCGGACAUGGUUUGCUCUUACAAGCACUGACUUUUGUGCCCCAGGCCAUGGCCAAGGAUACCGACGAGUCGUACGCAGCAACAAUGUACAACUUUUCUCGUACAUUUGGAAUGGCCUUUGGAGUCGCUAUUGGUGGGACGAUGUUUCAAAACAGGUUGAAGCAGUACCUGGCGUCCGCUGGCCUCGACAUCACCAUUGCCAACAACGCAGAUCAGUACGUCGGUAUUUUGGAGACGAUGACAAAUCAAUCAUUGCGAAGUGACAUUCUGGCGGCUUAUGAAUCUAGUUUCAGGAAUGUUUUUGAGCUUGGCCUUGCUUUGACAGUGCUGGGCGCGCUUGUUUCGCUGCUCAUUCGAAAGUCGGUUUUUGAUCGAAAGCAUGUAUCGAAGCAUGUGCUCGAGGAGAGGUAUACGAGCAGUCCCCAGGAUAGUGUGAGUAGCGAGUCUGUGUGA